AUGCUACAUUUUAUGAGAUAUCCUUGGUCAAAUAUGGCUGGGCAGUUCCGCAGUUUCCAGUGGGACCCAGUGUUAAUCAUUGCUCAGAUUGUUUCAAUGGUGAGCCUGUGGUACUUUUCCCUGGGGAUCUGGAUCUUCAUUCUGGAUGUUAUUGGAAAAUUUGACUUGUCCACUGAUCAGAUUUUCACCCAGAGUGAUCUUGGUCUGUAUGAAGACUCAGGUCGAACAAAUAUUAUUGCUUAUGCUCUCAACAGUAUAACUGUAUCAUUCCUUAUGUGGGGCAUAGUUGGCAGAACCAAACAGUGCUUGGACUUUGCAGCCACCAUACACAUGUUCCACUUCUUUGCUUGCUGGUAUUCUUACGGCUACGUCCCCAUUACCUUCUGGUGGUGGGUGACAAAUGUAGCCUGUGUGGCCUUGACCACUGUCAUGGCCGAGUACCUGUGCAUGCAGUCAGAGAUGAAAGCUAUCCCCGUGGGGAUGGGACCUAAAGUUGAUUUAUAG